AUAAUGAAUACUUCUUUGUUCAUUAGAAACAUGUGCCUAAAAGGCAUUAUAUAUUCUCCUGUUAUUGAUUCUAUCACUGGCAUGAAUCUGAAAGUAACACUCCUAGAAACAAUGUCAAAGUUUCAGAUUUUCAUCAGUAUAAUUCUAGCGUUUUGUUCUGUCGCCGCAUCCCAGCCCAUCAUUACCAGAAACACCACUGUGAAAUGCCCUCUUGACUUCAGCAUCAUCAGGCAAUUCACAGAGGGUUUUAGACCUUCUGAACCAGUUUCAGACCAAUGCCUAUUGAUUGUCCAAGGCAUCCGCCUCGUUCAAUCUGAUUACCUUCGUCGUACAAACUCAUUCCUACCACCAUCCUCAUCAUCCGAGUCAUGCUGGAAUGAUUACCAGAACCUCAUUAACCAGUCCUCAAACAGCUUUGAUAUUCGGACCACUUGUGGAUUCCAGACACAAUGGAUUGCUCAGGGCUGUGAAAACAUCACAACGCGAUCAGAAUAUGAAAACAUCAACUCCAAUGCUACUUUAAAUGGUGUACUUCAAGCUUGUAAUCAGUCACUGCAUAGUGGAGAGGCUUGUGCAACAUGCACUACAAGUCUGUCUGCCUUGUUACCCUCUGAUGUGCAGGGGGUGAGAGUUGGGAAUGUUUCGGAUUGUACUGCAUUUAAGUCCAUCUAUGCUGCUGCAUUUGCUAAUUUGGAUGGUCCAGCUAAUAGAGAUACUGCUCAGCGUUUGUUUGCUCUUCCUCUUGAUAGUUCUAAAUCCAACAAGAAACAUAGAAAUACACUGAUUGCUGUGUUUUCCUUGUUGGUUUUUGCUAGUUUCGCUUUUGUUGGAUUUUGGUGGAUGUGGAGAAAAAAGCGCGAAAAGAAGAAGACCAAGGGGAUUUUGGAUUCUAAUCUUUCUCAUUUGGACUCGAUUGGUGGAAAUAAUGCAUUGAUUAAGUUUUCCUAUAGUGAAGUUGAGAAGGCUACAAAGAAUUUCUCGUUAUCCAACAUUAUUGGGAGGGGAGGAUAUGGUAAUGUGUACAAGGGGGUUUUGCCAGAUAGGACUGAAGUUGCAUUGAAGAGGUUCAAGAAUUGUUCUGCAGCUGGGGAUGCAAGUUUUGCUCAUGAAGUUAGAAUUAUAGCCAGUGUUCGCCAUGUCAAUCUGGUGGCCCUUCGAGGGUACUGUAUAGCCAUGACGAAAUCUGAAGGCCAUCAGCGGAUAAUUGUGUGUGAUUUAGUGAAGAACGGAAGCUUGCAUGACCAUCUCUUUGGCCCGGCUGAGAAGAAGUUGAGUUGGCCAAUUAGACAAAAGAUUGCGCUUGGAACAGCUAGGGGAUUGGCUUAUCUGCAUAAUGGGGCACAGCCUUCUAUAAUUCACAGGGAUAUUAAAGCUGGUAAUAUACUUCUGGAUGAGGACUUUGAGCCCAAAGUUGCAGAUUUUGGGCUUGCGAAGAUUGCACCUGAGGGAGUGUCACACAUGAGCACUCAUGUCGCUGGAACAAUGGGUUAUGUUGCCCCUGAGUAUGCUCUUUAUGGAAAGUUGACAGAGAGAAGUGAUGUCUAUAGUUUUGGGAUUGUGCUUCUUGAACUUGUAAGUGGUAAGAAGGCACUUCUUAAGCAUGGCGAUGACCAGCACACUCUUCUGGCAGAUUGGGCGUGGUCACUGGUUAAAGUCGGGAGGCCAUUAGAUAUAGUUGAAGAAGGUACUCCAGAGCUAGGACCACCCGAAAUCAUGGAAAAGUAUGUAAUGCUUGCAGUGCUUUGUUCUCACCCACAAUUAUAUGCCAGGCCUACAAUGGACCAAGUUGUCAAGAUUCUGGACUCAAAUGAGCCAGUUCCCGUGAUACCAGAGAGGCCUAAUUCAUUCACAGCUAACGUUUUUGGUACUGAAACGCCCAUUAGCAGCACUGGCUCGAAUUCUAUGUCUAGUUAUUCUACAUACUAGCAGUACAUUGAUAUUAAAUGUAAUUGUACAUAGUUAUAAGGAUAUCUGAUAACUUUAAAAACAA